UUCCAUUUCCUAAGAAAACAGAGUGACCCUACACAUUCUUCUUUUCUCCUUCACUCUUUUAUUUUCUUUUCUGGUUCUUCAUAGAUGACUCAUUUGAUUCUAACCCAUCUCAAAUUUAGCCCAAUUUGGCCCUACAGGCGUGCCUAUAGUUAGAGAAAAAUGGAGGAAACUGUAUUGUGCCAAUGGACUGUUAUUAGAUCCAUUUUUGCUAUUCUUCAAUGGUGGGGUUUCAAUGUUGCUGUUAUUAUCAUGAACAAAUGGAUCUUUCAGAAAUUGGAGUUUAAAUUUCCUUUGACAGUAUCUUGCGUGCACUUCAUAUGCUCAGCUAUUGGUGCAUACCUGGUAAUUAAAGUGCUGAAACUUAAACCACUCAUCGUGGUCGAACCCACAGAUCAGUGGAGAAGAAUUUUUCCGAUGUCAUUUGUGUUUUGUAUCAACAUAGUCUUGGGGAAUGUAAGUUUGCGAUAUAUUCCUGUCUCUUUUAUGCAGACCAUAAAGUCAUUUACUCCUGCAACAACAGUGAUUUUGCAGUGGCUAGUUUGGAGGAAGAGCUUUGAAUGGAGGAUCUGGACUUCCUUGAUUCCCAUUGUUGGAGGAAUUCUUCUUACUUCUAUUACUGAGCUCAGUUUCAACACUUUUGGAUUUUGCGCUGCUUUGUUUGGUUGCCUUGCUACUUCGACAAAAACUAUUCUAGCAGAGUCGUUGUUGCAUGGUUACAAAUUUGACAGUAUAAACACAGUAUACUACAUGGCUCCCUAUGCAACUAUGAUACUGGCUCUGCCGUCUUUACUCUUUGAAGGAGCUGGGGUUGUAGAAUGGUUAUACACUUUCCCCUCAGUCGUUCUAUCCAUGCUUCUUAUUUUUCUCUCCGGAGUGCUAGCUUUCUGCCUUAACUUCUCUAUCUUCUAUGUUAUCCACUCCACGACUGCUGUCACUUUCAAUGUUGCUGGAAACCUUAAGGUUGCCGUGGCUGUUACAUUUUCAUGGAUGAUAUUCCAAAAUCCAAUCUCAGCUAUGAAUGCCCUGGGAUGUGGAGUAACGCUUGUUGGGUGUACAUUUUAUGGUUAUGUGAGGCACAUUCUAUCACAACAUGCUCAAGAGUCUCCUCGUACGCCAGAGAACAAGAUGGAAUCUGUUCCUCUACUACAUGAGAAAGAACAAGACCAAAGAUGACCCCUUUAAAAUCACAGAUGAAGAGGUUUCAUCAAUUUUGCAGAAGAUAGAUUAUUCGACCCCUCACUUCUCCAUUUAUCAGUGCUUUAUUUACUCAAAUUUUUGUUCUAGUUCCUGCAUAGAAGGAUGUCAUUUGAUAGGUAUUUACAACAGGUUAACAUAACCUCAUUUCAUUGAAAAGAUUUGCUAUAUACAAGUUUAGUUAUAUUUGAUGGUAUUUUUAAAGUAUAAUAGUUACACUUGUAUGUUGUAAA